GUCACAGUGCAGAGCUGUUUACCUGGCGGCAUCCCUGAGUACCGGGGGUGUGCCUGGGGUCUGGAGAACCGGUGAUGGUGCUGGCGUUUGUGUCUGAUGUGUCAGUGGAUGUCAGACUGCAGGCCCAGGCCCAGGGCCCCGGCCAGUGCCCAGCCCUGCUGGGAGCUCCGGCCAGCACCACGGCCGGCGCCCAGGAAGCCCGAGUGCCCCUGGACGGAGCCUUCUGGACUCCCAGGCCCCCGGCAGGUUCUCCCAAAGGCUGCUUCGCCUGCGUGUCCAAGCCCCCUGCCCUGCAGGCGCCGGCGGCCCCGGCCCCUGAGCCCUCGGCCUCGCCCCCCAUGGCACCCACUCUGUUCCCUGUGGAGUCCAAGAGCGGCAAGACGGACAGCGUGCGGACUGCCGGCGCCCCCCAGGCCUGCAAGCACCUCGUGGAGAAGAAGACGAUGACGAACCCCACGACGGUCGUCGAGGUCUACCCGGACACCAGCGAGGUGAAUGACUACUACCUGUGGUCCAUCUUCAACUUCGUCUACCUCAACUUCUGCUGCCUGGGUUUCAUCGCUCUGGCCUACUCCCUGAAAGUUCGGGACAAGAAGCUUCUCAACGACCUGAAUGGCGCGGUGGAGGACGCCAAGACGGCGCGGCUGUUCAACAUCACCAGCUCCGCCCUGGCCGCCUCCUGCAUCAUCCUGGUCUUCAUCUUCCUGCGGUACCCACUCACCGACUACUGAGGCCCCGGGGCCCCCCCCCGCCGGCCCUGGAGACACCGCCCCGAGCGAGCGUGUCCGUGUCCAUGACCGACAGACGCGACGGGGAGGCCAUGGUUGGGGCAGAGCAGGCGUCCGCCCUGGGCCCGCCUGAAGCUGUGAACCAGCAGCGAGGCCGCAGAGGUUCCGCGCAGUCAGUCAGGGGGCAGCGCGCUUCCAGCCGGCCCCCAACCCGCCGCCCUGGUUCUCCACCUGCUUCCGGGGUCUGUGGUUUCUUCCUGGGCUGCUGCACCCUGGCUCCCAGUGGCUGCACCCCCUGCCCCCCUGUGCCCCCUCCCGGGCCCCUGGGCCCCCUCCGACCUGACACCCAGCAAGAAGGGCUUCUGUGGGAGCUUCCCAGUAUGGGUGGCUGCCAGCAUCUGGGGACUCCUUCUAUCCUCCUGGACCCCAGCCUCCUCCAAGCUGUGACCCUGCUCAGAGCUCCUGUAUCUGUGAAUUUCCAAUAAAAUUUCUGCCCAGC